AAAAGACACCAGGCAGAUGCAGCAGCUACAACUGUGCAAAGUACAGACCCCUCGAAUUCUGCUGAGAGUGCAAGCAGCGCUGUACCAAGCUCUUGUGCAGCCCAAGAAAAUCUUGAAGCUGAAAUACAAAAUGGCAUUGAAACAGAUGAAGUUCUCCCCAACAUUGAAGAUGAUGAUCCUGGGCUUUACCCUGAAAGUGUUGAGGCUGCUCCUACAGAAUGUGAAAGUGUUGUCACUCAAGAACACAUUGCAAGGAGCGUUGCAGUUGGUCCCAGCACCAGAACGUCUUUUUUCCAGCUAUCACAGUAUUAUUGCAAGCCCAGAUUCUCUCAGAAGUCUCUGUGGUGUCGACGGCAACGUGCUUGCAUUACUGCUCGACUUGUUGCCAAGAGUGAGGGACAGGAGCAGCGACGUUACAGUUGAAAAUAAGCUGCUCAUAUUUGUAAUGAAAAUGAAGCUGGGCACAUCAUUCUCUGCAGUUGCUACUCUUUUUGGAGUACAUGAGAAAACUGCGUCCCGUGCGUUCUACACUGUGCUUCACACACUCGUUGAAAUCACGAGGGACUGGAUCUACAAGCCCCCAGUAACUGACAUAAUGUUGUCGCAGCCCUCUUUUUAA